AUGUGUGGAACAAGCUCCUCCAAUUUGCUGAUAGUAGGAGAUCUGAAUGGACGAGUGGGUACAGCAGAAGUGACAAAUGAAAACAUAAAUUUGAACACCAUCGAAUAUUGCAUUAAAAAAGCAGCUGCAAGGCAAAAUAACUAUGACAGAAGAGGAAUAUUUAAACAGCCAUGGCUUAAUAACUAUAGGCGAGAUAACUUUGAAUCUUCCAAACAAAAAUACCUUCAACUGAAUCGGAAAUUCAAAUCGUUGUGUAGAGAGAAGAAAGUAACUCACUAUGAAAACGAAGCGAAAAGCUUAGCAUCAUGUAAAAGUACGAGAGAUUUUUGGCAAAAACCUCAAACAAUAAACGGAAAGGUACAUGUCAUCAAUAGACACCUGAAUCGUGAGACGUUAAGAGUACAUUUUAAUGAACUGCUCAAUCAUUUGCCUACCACUAAUGAUAUUGUGCAAUUUGCUCAACCAACCUUUAGCAAUGAAAUAUUGGAAUCAGCAAUCGAGAAGGAUGAGGUUUGUACAGCCCUAAAACGUCUUAAGGAUGGCAAGGCAGCUGGAGCGGAUAGAAUACCUUCCGAAUUCUAUAAAUAUGGAUUGGACAUGUUGAUAAACCGAUUAACGGACAUGUAUUAUAUGGAUACUGGAGUUAUACCGAAAGAAUUCAAGGAAGCACUUAUUUUUCCCAUCCACAAAAAAAGGCAAUACGCUAGACUCUGGAAAUUAUAG